AUGGUCAAAGACCUUGACGGGGUGCGGCUGCCGAAACAGGCGGAGCGGUUCAUCCACGGCCAGUCUCGAAUGGAUUGGCAGGAGAAGGAUAUGCUCGUCAUCGACGAGGUGAGCAUGCUCGGGGCGCGGACGCUGCACGCCGUGAACGAGCGGCUUCGCCGGCUUCGCGGAUCGCGGCAAGAUUUCGGGGGGAUCCCCAUCGUCCUCUUCUGCGGAGAUUUUCAGCAGUUCCGGCCGGUCCAAGAGAGGUCGAUCGUCCUGCCUAGCGCGGCCAUCUCGUGGGACGUAGACAACUCGUUCAAGGCCGAGCAGCGUCACCAGCACGACAAAGCGCACGCACUGUGGAAGAGGUUCACGACGGUCGUCAUGCUGGACGAGCAGAUGCGCGCCGCCGGCGACCCGGAGCUGCAGAGGCUGCUGAAGCGGAUCCGUCUAGGCGUGCAGGAUCGGACGGAUCUAAACCUCCUCAACUCAAGGAAUCGGUGGAACCUGAACAUGGAGGCGAGCCUGGCGUUCCGGGUCCAGCAGCGGUCGACGAUGCGCAUUUUCAUCUCCGAGCACAAGUGGAAGGAGGAGCUGCCGACGGAGGAAGAGGCGAUCAUGAUACUCAACCAGGGCGACGAUAGCGCGAUCCCGGUGCCGGCCGUCUUCAUGUUCGUGGCCGGGAUGCCCAUCGUCGUGAACCACAACACCCACCAGGGGCUGAAGCUAGUGAACGGCGCGAGCUACUCGGCGGUGGAGGUCAUUGUCGACAAGGCGUACCCGGGGCAUCGGAUCUCGGCCGAUAUGACGAUCCACUUCGGGCCGCCGGCGGGGAUCAUUCUCGAAUCGGAGACGACGAGAUAUCUCCACUUCUGCCAGCGAAAAAGGCCGUGGCAACGCAACGACGUCAGCCGAAAGGGUUUGCCGUGCGCAGCAGCGUUCGCGUGCACGGACUACAAGGUGCAGGGCAAAACGCUGGAGCGCGUGGCCCUCGAGCUGCGAGGGACACGGACGACGAAGAUGGAUGGAACGGUGGUGCCCUCGCAGUGCGACCCGUACGGCCUGUACGUGCAGCUAUCGCGCUGCCGAACUCUAGACGGCAUCAUGCUCGUGUCCAAGGUGCGGGACAGAGACUUGGUGGGCAACCGGGUCCCCGAGGAGAUGACUGCCGCACAGGCCAGGCUCGAGGUACUGAGCGAGAGGACCGUUGAGGAGGCGUUGCGCUGGCUGGACGGUGAUGCUGAAGAGUCAAGGCGGCCGCGCUAG